UACAUAUUCACUUUGAGGUAGCAUUGGCGUUUAAAUACACCCCCCUCCCCUCUCUCUCAUGGGGGUAGGGUAGGGUGCAUAUGUAGGUUAUUCAUGGAUGUCCAAUCAUACUACCUCCCCCCUUACGUCUAUUUUACAUAUGCAACUGCCCCCAAUGGCCAAGUAUUGGGGGCUGAAUGCUGGUAUCCCCUUUUGCCGCUGUUGUGUAUGUAUGUACAACCGCUCAGCCGACAUGACAGCAAACGAAUAAUUUCCUGGCGUGUUGGUCGAGGUGAUUUGUCGUUUUCUCCCAUCUGAAUAUAAGUCCCUUAUGAGGUGAUCAUUAUAGCCCUCUGAAUCUCCAAAUUGAUGUUCAAUACUUUAACCUUUGUCUCUUCCUCAAAUUCAUCGUGCAGGCCAAUAUGAAUAGUUCAGGCACAAAUGUUAACGUAGCGAACAAGACAAACAGCAACAUGGACCAUGAAAACUCGGACAAGACGAUUUCAGACACUCUGGCAAAUAAAGCGACAGAUGUGGCGGAGACGGAAUGGCAGCCUUCGAAGCAUGAGAAGGCCGUCAUCUACACUCUCGCAAUCAUCAACCUCAUCGUAUCUCUAGACGCGACUAUCAUAGUUACGUCGUUGGCAGCAAUUGUCGACGAUAUUGGCGGUACGACCACCGAAGCCUUCUGGAUUGGUACAUCAUACCUCCUCGUGAACGCAGUUUCUAUGCCAAUCAUCUGUUCCGUCAGUGAUGUUAUCGGUCGGCCCAUCUGUCUCACCUGUUCCCUCGUUGCUUUCACCGUGGGGACUAUACUAUGCUGUACGGCCAAAAACAUGACCGUCAUGCUCGUCGGUCGCUGUAUCCAAGGUCUUGGCGGAGGAGGCAUCCAUUCCCUCAGUCUGGUUAUACAGACCGACUUAGUCCCAUUGAGGUUCCGACCGAAGUGGUACGGCGUUACACUCGGAGCCUGGGCUAUUGGCCUCACGAUCGGACCCAUCAUCGGCGGCGCGAUUGCCCAGAGGACGACAUGGCGCUGGAUCUUCUAUCUCAUGUUCCCCAUCUGUGCAUUUGGUCUAGUCGCCAUCCCGUAUCUCCUCACAUUGCGGCCUAGAAAGGCUACCGCCCAGGAGAAGAUCAGCAGGAUUGACUGGGUGGGGGGACUUUUCUUCGCUGGCUCUGCGACGGCCUUCCUUAUUGCUAUUUCGUGGGGCGGCACUCAGCAUCCCUGGGGUAGCGCUGCCACCGUAGCUCCAUUGGUUGUUGGCACCCUCGGCAUCAUCAUCACCGUGCUUUAUGAAGUCAACUUUGCACCGCACCCGUUUCUACGGAGAGCCCUAUUUCGGGAUGUCAGCUCUAUCGUCACAUACAUUGCUGCUUGCUUCCAGGGCCUCAUGCUGUACGGAACACUAUACUACUGCCCAUUCUAUUUCUCAGCCGUAAAGGGAUUUAGUCCAAUCAACUCAGGGUUGGUCCUACUCCCCAACCUCGUCGCCUUCUCCAUCUCCGGCAUCGUAACCGGGCGCCUCGUGACGCGCUUCAACAACUUCCGCUGGGCCAUAUGGAUCGGGUGGCUGCUGUCGUGCGUCGCGUGCGCGAUGUACUGCUCGUGGCGGGUCAACGACAGCGCGCCCGUGUGGGUGAUCGCCUUCCUCGUCGGCGGGCUCGGCCACGGCGCCAUCCUCAACGCGCAGAACUUCGCCACCCAGGCCAUGUGCGACACCGGCGACGAGGGCGCCGCCGCCGCCAUGUACAUCUUCGUCCGCCAGCUCGGCAUGGCCCUCGGCGUCGGCAUCGGCGCCACCACCUUCCAGAACGUCAUGAAGCUCAAGCUCAGGUGGGAAGGGCUGCCGACGGGAAUUGCGGAUUACGCGGAGGCGUUCAUCCCGACGCUGCAUAGCAUGCCCCCCGGGCACGAGCGCGAUGCCAUCUACGAUGCGUAUAAGUUUGGUUUCCAGGUGCUGGUCGCCACGUGGCUGGCCAUCUCGGUUGUUACCCUUUUCAUAUGCCUGGUGUUCAUCAGGCACGCGGAUAUGAAUCGGAAGCUGAGCACCGAGCAUCGCCUGGAUAGUGAGCGGAUGGUCAGACACUGGGGGAAGAAGGGUUAUGGCACUGAGGAAAAUAACGGAAUUGGUAUUUGAGUGUAAGAGUUCGUCGGAUGCUAGGUCUCAUACGGUAUUUGAUGUGUACCUAGGUACCUAGUAGUACUAUUAGCGCAGAAGGAUGGCUUUUGUCGACCUUGAUGAAGGCAAGGGUAGUAGUUCAAUAUGGUACUUUCUUUCUUGGUAACUCCUUAAUUGUUACUAUCUAUUGAGACAAUAAUACUUACUUCUCACGUGAGCAUCAUGCCCUCAUGCUUUAGAACUCGCAUUCACCGGCGAG